AGUAGUUGACCGGUCGGCGCUGGCGGCGGUCAGAGGUGACCGGGUCAGUGUGUUAGUCAGUGGUCGGUCGCGAUGGCCGGAAUGAGUGGUGGAGCGCCGCACAGGGCUGAUCGAAUCCUCGGCUGUGGCGUGCUCCUCUCCGGAUGUGUCCUACUCGGAAUCGGGCUAAUCUUGGGACUGGAGUUUCCGCGAUAUGUCAUCGACCAGAAGAUGAAAACUUCCUGCGUGACAGGAGCCGACACACAACACUACAGGGACUGGCUCUCCAGUUAUAACUCGACAGGCGUGUCCCUCCUGACCAUUUGGCCUGCCAACGCGAAAUCAGGCUUAGGAAGGACCCCACCUGGGAAUCGCAAGAGGUUUGGCCCGUACGUGUUCACCAGUGACGAGAGGAAAGUGGAUCUGUCUGGCCACGAUGGGCUGCUCUUGUUCAGAGUGUACUCACAAUAUCGGUUUGACGAGGACGGGACACGACGCCAAUGUGCUACCUGCCAUGACCACGACGAGGUCACGGUGGUCAGCACGGUACGUCAGCAGCUGCUGGCUCCGUUCGCCGGCUCCAAGGCGGUCUACCUACGACGGCACAUAGCUGCCAUGGCACGCGCGCUGCUACACUCACGGUCAACUCGACAGGUUCCUCGUCCUGCCGUCCCACCGGCGCGAGGAGCCCCAACCGACCGACCGACGUCCGUGAGUCUGCUGACCUGCAGACUGGUGGCGUUGGACUCCAAACUGCUGCGGCUGGCGCCUCCCGAGCUACUGGUACCAGCACUGCGGCUGCUGGAGGAGCCAGCGGGAGUGGUGCGCGCCCCGCUCACUGACAGAGUGUGUGAUGAGGUGUGGAAGAGAGUGCUGAGAGAGGCGGUUGUGACGGAGGAGUGGUGUAAGGAGUACAGGACGGGGGAGGCCGCACACUGUGAUGUGUGGUUCUUCGUGGAGCGUCACAGCCGGCUGAAUGAGACGCAGAGAGGGAGGGUGGCGAAUGUCACCGUUCAGCUGCUCUGCUGCCACUCCAACUACUCUCAGGUGGGCAGGAGUUCACCAUCAGCUCUGCUCAGUCUAGUUCUUCAACUAGCGCCGCGGCUUCAGCAGGCGGUGGCUGACGUCUCCAGUCUGAACCUGCUAACAAACACCCUGCGCGGCCCCGUCAGUCAGAUGGCGCUGGGUUUCCGCCUGCGCACGGCCCUGUUCACCAACAACAGCGUCAGUUGCUGGGACCUGCCCGAGAGGACAGUGCUGGAGGACGGCUGGAUAUCCGGGGCACUACGGCACCACGAGUCCGAACAACACAGUCGGAGACACGCCUCGCUGCGCAGCCUGUCCACCUGUCUCUACAACAGGUCCAAGGAGAGCAACCUGCUCUGGCACGACCGGGUGACGGUGACGGGCCGGAGACUGCCUCGGCACACAGCCGGCUUCAGCAGCUCUCUUCCUCCGGCCACUCACGUGACGGCCUGUGGUCGGAGCGCCACGACCGCCGCCGCUGCGGCUAUCUACGAGCCGCGUGUGUGGCGUCCCCUGCAGUACGUCCGCUCCGGCCGCAGCGCCUCGCUGGGGCAGGUGGCUCUGAUGGAGCUCACAGCGCCAGAGGCCAACGCUUCGCUGUACGAUAUGCGGGACGUAUCCGAGUUUGCCGAGUGGAUUCAACUAGGACCACUUGAUCAGCAGCAGCACCAAUCACUGAGCGAGUAUAUCCCAAAGGUUCUGGUGGAGCCUCUAUCAGGACACAUCUGGUCACGGAGCAUUACUUGGACGUCAUACACGGGCCAGAACGCCUCCUCAUUGGUGCCACUCUGGACAGUGACGCAACACUGGCAGGUCUCUGAUGACGUCAUCACUCGACAUCGCUGGCAGUCGAUUGUUAUUUUGGAGGUCGGCUGUGCGGGGCUGGUCACCUGUAGUCUGGUGGGCGGUCUGGCGGUGCUGGCUGGCUACCUGGUCUUCCUCGGCUUCAUAUCGUGUCGCGGCAGCGCGGUGGCUCCUCUGAUGUCGACCCAUCGCUGACUGGAGAGUCUGACAGCAAGCUGACUCAUCAGGUCGUGGAGAGCUUGGUCAUCGGUUCCUGGAUUCUAAGUGAUUCUUGUUUUACGUGUUGCCGCCGAGAAAUGACUCGUGGCUGCUGAUUAGGAUGAGAAAUGAGCAACGUGCCAAAAAGGAGAAGUGAAUUGUUCCAAGCUGGACCGUGGGAGGUGCCAGCUGUAACGUAUUUUAUUGUAUCUUGCACUUCUCCGUCCAUGUCCGAACCAUCAAACAACUAAGUCUAAGUCUAAGUCUAAAUCGCAAACUUGCACUCAUAUUCCACGACCUUUUAUGGAGGUGCAGGUAACAGCGCCACGGGAAAGGAGUGUUCCACUAGCUGAAAUGACCUAAGUGAGGCCUCACACGGGAAUGGGUUACUGAAGGCCGGCCGCAUACCGCAUCAAUGUUCUAGAUGUUGCACCCAUUCUGGGAAUGGGUAAUCUGUAUUUUCCGUCCAUGUCAUUCCGUCCAUUUGUAUGGGAGUGUUCUGUUACAACACAGAUUCGUCCACUGGACAUUUCCGAGUAUGCAUGUCUGCCGUAUGCCGCAUCGCCUGUGGCAUAUGUCAUCAAAAGCGCGGCAACUGUAAAAGGAACGCCAUCGUCUGUGAAGAUACAUCUGGGUGUGUUAUGUAAGUGCAGCUGUUCAUGCUUUGAAUGUGGAAUGUGCCAAAGAGUGAGGUAAUAAAAGUAUCCAUUGGAA